AUGUCCGUCUGUUUAGGUGUUACUAAGACAAUCGCAGUCUCUUCUUUAGGUUUAUACGCUGGUUUGCUAACUACUACUACUCUAGUAACAGCUUCUGCCCCAAUCGAUUUGUUGUUACCAAGAACAAAUGAAAACCCAAUUGUAAACUAUUUCAAAUCCAUCGUUUGUAGCGUUGGUAAGAUUUCCACCGUUCUAAGUGGUUUGUCAACUAUCUUCUUCGGUGCCAGUUACUUUGGUUCUCCAUUGAGCUUGAGACAUCCUUAUUUGAUCUAUGGUAUGGUCAUUGCCCCAAUCUCCGCUGCUUAUCUAUACGGUGCUUCUCUAUUUGCUCACAGACACCCAUCUGCUGAUCAAGAAAAGAAUAACUCUCCUUCUCCUGCUUUAGACGAUUCAACUGUAGAUUUAGGUAAGGACUUCAAACAUCCAAAGAUCACCCCAGGUGAAGCCGGUAAGUGUCCUUUCGGUAGCAAAACUUCUAUUGAAGCUUCUUCUGAAUCUUCAAGAAAGAACUGUAACGCUUCCAUCGUUGCUCAUUUAUCCGUCGUUACUGUAUUCACCAUUUUAGGUUUUGUUCAAUCCGUCGUUGGUUUAUACGGUGAAGGUCACUUCGUAUAA